AUGGCUUUCUUGAUGCAUAUGUUGUUGAGAAAACAAGAUGCUGGCAUUUUUAUUGGCAGUGUCCUCUGGUUGCUGCUUAGUUGUGGUUUCAGCUUUGGUGUUGAGAGUGAUAUCAACUGCUUGAAAAGUAUAAAAGCAUCACUUGAGGACACUUUGGGGUACUUAAACUCUUCAUGGGAUUUCAACAACAACACUGAAGGCUUCAUCUGCAACUUUCUUGGGGUCGAGUGUUGGCACCCUCAAGAGAGUAAAGUUUUAAACAUCAAGCUUUCGGAUUUGGGACUGAAGGGCUCGUUUCCUCAAGGCGUAGCAAAUUGCACAAGCCUAACAGGGUUAGAUCUUUCAAGCAACCAGCUCAAUGGACCUCUUCCUACUGAUAUCUAUGAAAUCAUUAAGUUCAUUACGUCCCUUGAUCUCUCAUCUAACAGCUUCACAGGGCAAAUCCCAUUGCAGCUUUCCAAUUGCAGCCUUCUGAAUGUGCUGAAGCUUGACAACAACAAGUUCUCGGGUAUCAUUCCUCCAGAACUUGGCCAGCUUAGUAGGAUUAAAACAUUUAGUGUGGCCAACAAUCAGCUGUCUGGCCAAGUCCCAAACUUUAAUAAUACAUCAAUUAAAGUGGACUCUUACGCAAACAAUCCUGGACUUUGUGGGAAGCCUCUGGAGGUGUGCGGGUCACCUGCAAAGAAAUCUAGCAUUGUUAAGGUUUUGAACUCAAACAAUGUAGCUAUAGCAGCAGCAGCUGUGCUUCUUUCAAGUUGA